AUGAUUUCAAAGAUAGCGACUCCUAUCCGACCGAAUCUACUACAGGUCUAUCUUGCGUGGGUCGAUGCUUGGCUUCUGUCUUCAAAUGAGCUAGGCUCGUCGCCUGCUAAGGCUCUUCUCAGUCUUGAGCAGUUGUCGAGUCUGUUUGAAGAAGAGAACCUAUAUCGACUCAUGAAUCACAACCAACUCAUGGAAGCAGUUGACUCCUUUAAAAACCAAGUCGAGAACGGACGAAUCAUGCUGGGUGGUGUGAGCGCUCCUUCAUGCCCAGAAACGAACCUUUUUUCGCAGAGUUACAAUCCCCAGACCAACUGCAACUGCGACAAACUCGAGGUCACAUUGAAGAAUGGCACUUUUCCUGCCACGUCAACGGAAUCUGGCUGUGGCGCAAUUCACGGAAUGAUGCAAGCUAUGGAUACAGUUAUUAGACACCAAGACGAAUGGAACGCCAACAGUCUGUUCACCACAAGAAAACUGAACUGCGCUGUCAAUGAAUUGAGACUGGCAAAUACGGACAUUCAGCCGACACCAAACACCUGCCGCGGUCCAAAAACAGCAAACCUCAUUCCUACUAUCCAAGCUCCAGACCGACGACCAAACCCUGGAGUUGACGGCAACUCAAAAAUUGGCAACCAGCUCUAUCCGACCGCCGAGCAGCUAAAAAUUAGCACUGAUGCAAAAUAUUACGGUGUCAUCGCCUGCGGUGCGGGCCUCUGUGAUGAAGGUCUAGCCCGCGCUAUUGCCGACUCUUGCAACGAUAUUUUGAUUGGCGACUACUGCGAAGCCGCCGAUGCUAAGGGACUGAAGCUAUUUCAACAAGUUGGGGCUGCAGCCAUGGCAUUCCUGAAACUCUGCAAUCUCGCCCGGCGCGUGUCGGAUUGGCAAUUUGAAAACCUCGCCGCAUACACGAUUCAAUGCCGUGUCCUUGGCUAUUUCCGGGACCACUCCCGGCCAUAUCUGCCCGAUGGGAUCUAUGGAAGCCGCAUGACAGGAUUGAAUGUUCACCGCCACAUCGACGUUGCAGCAUUCCAUGGCGUCAUGACUGCCUCGCUGUCGACCGGUCAGGAGUUGACGGAGAAGCAAUUCAUGGACGUCGUUGACGCGUGCGUUUACAUUAACGAUUUUGUGGAUUUCCGCGGCGAUAUACUGCGCAAACAGCGCGAGAACGUUAUUCUACGCGGAAUCCGAGGAAAUUUGUGCGAGUAUCUUAACCGCAUGAUUGAGCAGUGUCUCGAAUCCGCUAUCGAAGUGAUUGAGGCUUCUGAGCUUGGCGCCUUAGUGGUCAUGGGGUAUUGCAAUUGGGCUAUCAUGGGAUCCCACCAUAAAGUAUACGAGCAGCUUCAGGGGGUCAGGAGCGUGAAGGAAUACAGUUCGUGCACCUACAAGUCUGAAAACAACACGACUAGAUACGCUCGAUUGGUGCAGGCACUCAGACCAUAUGGAACACUGGGCAGCGAUGGACCCCGAGUUACAAAGAAACGAGUCGAAAUGGACAAGACAUACAGUGUCUGUCGAUUAAAUCCAGAAGCUCACCUGCCUUGGCUUGCCGAUGCAACUCGAAGCUUCUUGGAUCCUGCAGUUCUAAGACAACUUGUCGACGUGGUGCAUUAUGAGUGGUGUGGUGAUGUGGGCGCAGUUGAUUAUUGUCCUUAG